AUGGCGGUCCUCAACGAGCUCCCCGGCAUCAAGGUUACCAUCGAGGUUAACGACGUCAAGGCCCAAGAGUACAACGACGAGGACGGCCCCGCCGAGGACAAGAACAAUAGACGUGCAACCAAUCGCUGCUUCAAGUACAUUGAGUCCAAAGAUGACUCGCCAUUCUCAGUUGUAUACCACCUCGAUAACACCUACGGACAGCUGUCCAGGUACGAUGCCCUUGGAAUCUACUUGUCCAUCGACGGCGCCCAGAUGGAUAGUUGCCUCUGGGAAUCCGCUCGGUACCCCCCCGGUUCACCGGUAUGGACGCACCGUGUAGCAGGCACGCGCCAUACGUCGGCACACUCCCGUAUGGAUUCUAUGAGGAAAUUCAAGUUUUCCAAAAUUACGACUAUUGAUGACGCGGGGAAGGAUCGCGUGGCAAGAGACAUUGAGGACUUCAAGCGCAUAGGUCUGAUCAAGGUUUACGUCUACGGCUGCUCCGUCAGAGAGAAUCGGCCCACUCACAGAUCGCAUCGGCCGACCCGCGAUAAGGACUUUGAGGUUGCCGAGAAGGCGUUGAAAGAUGCUCUCCACAAGGAGCUGGUGAUCCUCCGGUCUCCCACUCCUGAAGGAAUCAACGCCCUGUCCGAAGCGGAGAUCCGCCGGUUGGCUGCAGAGCGACUCGAGGACAUUAACCAUCAUCGUCGGUCACCAACCCUUAAGCGGGAGCCCAGGGCCGUCAUCAAACGCGAAUUUGCCGAGUAUUACGAUCUGACCGAAGAGCCAACCAAGCGCGAGUGGAAGAAAGUCAGAAUCGACGACAAGCACAAGGCGAUCGAUCUCACGGAUGACUAG